ACUCCAUUUUGGAAAACAGCUGUUUGAAGACACAACCUUUUUCUCCCGUUGUUCGCAGACGGUACGCCGAGGGAGAGAAAGACUUACAACAACAACCAGGCUGCUAACACGCUCUCCUCACACCGCCAGGUCUUGUGUUUUUGUUAAGUGACACCGUCCCGCUCCAGUUCCCCCUCGCCGUGCUGCGUUUUUGUCCGACUGCCAGGAAACUUAACUGGAGAUCCAUGGUGUUAAAUUUCCAUUGUAACAAGUGGAUAACAGGGGGCGACCCGACCAAGGUGUAAUGAGAGCGCUGGUCAUGGACAGAUGAUGGACGUGGAGACGUCGUACUCAGACUUCAUCAACUGUGAUCGCACAGGCCGCAGGAACGCAGUGCCCGACAUCGCAGGGGAGGGGACAGCAGGGGCCAGCACCAGUGAACUCACCAAAGACCUGGCAGAGAUGGACCUGAAGGCUGCAGAAGGAGACCCGGGGGCCUCCCCCGCCCCUGAGGCAGAGGGCUCCACCAGCCAAGAUGCCCAGGGAGGAGGAGGAGGCCCCUCCUAAACUCCGCCAGAGACUGAAGUGGGGCAGAGAAACUAGAGAGGAAGCAGGUGAAAGUGGAGAGACAUGGAGUAAGGAAACACAGAGUGUAUAUUGGCUGUCCUAAAUGGACAUGAGGACACUUUCGCUCACUGCCGGCCUGUUUGGAGCUUCAGUGGCCCCAAAUGUACGCCUUUUCAUUGGAUCAGAUUGUAUCAAGGAGAACAUAACAGAGAACAGAACAGUUGAUUGAGAGGCUGCUUCAUACUCUGUUAGUCAUUUAUAUUCCUGAAGAGACGAAAGAGAAAGCACAGAAACUUUGGAUUCAUGUCUGCGGGGAUGGACUGAGCUAAACAGAAUUCAUUUAUAACACUCGAAACGUUGCUCCAGCCUAACGUGGCGCCGUGUCAUAGACGGUGUAUUCAUAAUCAUCUGUUUGUCAUUUCCUUUCUUUAUGUACGUGUGUACGUUUGUGACUCUUGUUCAGUUUCAUCGUCAAGUCUUUUCUUUUUAUAGUAACCGACAUAGUCUUUCAUUUUCUGUCGUGUGCGGACUUCAUAUUUAUUGCUAAAUGUUCAGUGAUAACUUUGUGAUAGCCAUUUUCUUUGUGUAAUAAAAUACUUAUGAAUUACUGUAA